CGCAGUGUAAUCGUUCGCAUUUCAUCGUUUGCACGCGGAGCCUUGUAAAAGAGAAUUCAAGUGUUUUUUCAAAAUAUUUAUUUGUGAAAUUAAAUUUGGUUGGGCAAUCUUGUACCUGUACUCGUAUAUUCAAGUAUUUGUCCGCAAACAAAAAGGAAAAGAAACGUUGAGAAUGCUACCUAAACUCGCGAAUAAUUUUCAAAUCCUGUUUGACUACUUAAUACUGCUGUGCGUAAAGGCCUCUGCCUCCCUGGAUUCAAGUGCUAUAUUCAAGAUUUCCACCUCUGGUCAUCGCCUUACAAAUCACGUGGUCAGUGAGCGUGAAACAUCAAAUGUUUUGGAAUGUUCUUUGUACUGCCUCAGAAAAUCUUCUGUUUGUAAAUCUUUCAAUUACAAAGCAAGGAAACGCGAACAAAAUUUUAAAAAUUGUCAAUUAAAUAACGCCACAAAAUCUAUGAAUCCUCAGAACAUAUUGCAAGAUAACAAAUAUGAUUAUUAUGAGAUGUUGAACAAGGAAGAUAACAACAACGAACAACGCAUAGUCUCUAACAAAACAAAAAGCUACGAAAAUUGCAGGAAAAUCGAGAGAGUUGGUGAACCAGUCCUUCAUCGUCAGUCUGGAGAGACGUAUGGAACGUGGAUGAGAGAUCCUCUAGGGUUGCUUAGUUCCGAAAAAAUUUGGUACAUAAAUGGUUUGGGUGGGGAUGAAAUGCUUGAAUUUGAAAACAUGAGUCUUUUCAAGAAUGGCUCGGUUACGAAAUCCUACAGCCUAACGUAUGAAGGCCCAGGAGCUGAAGGCACAGGAUCUGUUGUAUAUGGGAGGUACCUGUAUUUUAACAGACAGCUAACUGCAAAUAUUGUGAAGUACGAUUUACUUACCGAGAAGGUGAUCAGAGAAGAAACUCUUCACAACAAUAUAAUCCCACGACUGUUUACAUACCAAUGGGGGGGUUACACCGGAAUAGAUUUAUCGAUUGACGAGAACGGUUUGUGGGCUCUUUACACACUUCCCGCAUACAAUGGGAGCUUAUGUGCCAGCCAACUCGAUCCUUCCACACUUGGCCUUCUGAAAACCUUCUGUAACGUGUCACCUAAACCCAUGGAGAACAUGGGAAACGCAUUUGUGGCCUGUGGAGUCAUUUACAGCAUUGAUAACUACAGCGCACGCCAAACAACUAUUAACUACGCCUAUAACACAACCAGCAAAACUGCGACCAGCCUAGCCAUUUCGUUAGUUAAUAAGUUUGGUUACAACAGCAUGGUUACUUACAAUCCACGCGAGAAAGUUCUUUACUCGUGGGACUCAGGGCACCAAAUAACUUAUCCUCUGGAAUUUGAAGACUGACUUUAUUUAUCACAUACAGUAUCACUAAGCAGCUUUCAGAACUUUUAUAUCUGAGCAACUGUAGACCAUAAUUUAUAUGUAAUAAUUUGCUGCCGCAUGCAUGCUGCAAGUUAUGGCUUUUAAACUGUCAAUGUAUGUAUUGUUUGUUUCUACAUUGUCAAUAAAUCAACUGAUCAUGGUAUUCACUGUAUGGGGAUUAUCAAAUGGGGCACGUUAAGCUUUAUAUAAAAGUUCUUUAACUUUCUUUUAAAUUGACUUUCAGUAUAUUAUAUUGUUCUUACGUACAGCACAGUCCAUGCAUUUUUUAACAU